CUAUACCCGCGACAGCGUCGACCGUUAACAGCUAUCAACCAGCCUGUUAUUGGAGGAACACCCUAUCACCAUGGAAACUGCUAUUGGUCUACGAGAAACAUUAUUUGGAAGCAGCACACACGUAGGAAGCCACGAAUGGUUAAAAGCUUCAUUCCACUUUCGAGAUCCAAAUUCUGUUUUUUCUUACGGGCUUGUAGCCUCUAAGAACAGUGUCAAACCGAUCCUGAUGUGCGUUCAAGCGUAUAUUUUGAAGAAUCUGUUGUUUCCAAACGUCAGUAAGAAAAAUACUCGUAAAGCUUCCGCUGAUGAAAGGGUUCUUCUUCAUCCGUCCAUGGAAAAACAAAAAGAAGCACUUCGAUUUGCCUUGGCUGAUAUAGUCUGGAAAGCAGGAGUCGAAAAGUCCAAAUGUACGGUCUGUUUACGAGUAAAUGAAACCUACGUACAGAAAGAUAACCAUUACACACCUGAUGGUGUGACAGAAAAGUUAAGAAUGUUUGAGUUUACAAAGUACGAAGACGUUAUCAACUGUCUUUCUAAAUAUCAGUACCUUUUCCAGCAAGAGUCUGGCCAUGGAGUUUUAAUGUUGCUUUACAGUACGCUCUUGUCUCGAGGCCUUGAUAGGAUACAUGAAGACUUAGGUCGAGAGUACAGCCAGCUGCUGACACCUUUAGGAGAAUGUAGUCAAGCUCUCAUUACCUUAUUAAUCACUGGUCGGGCCACUCCAUUCCUGCAUAAUGGUGUGAUUCAUUUUGGAGAUGUGGACACAGUGGCUAAGCCUCAAGUUGGAAUUACAGGAAGAAGUGAAAUUGGUUUCUUAGUUUGGAGAAGAAAUGAUGACUUAUGUUCACAGCUUGGGAGUAGGCUGAAAACUCCUACUUUUCCAAUCUGGGUUACCUGUGUAGACGAUCAAUAUGGAGUCCUCUUUAACCCAAAUAGAGAUUUGACUAGGGAUCAUCGAGCAGAACAUCGAUUUGAUCUUCAUUACUUCAACAGCGCUCCUUAUCACACUGAACCCACUAUAAUUAGUUUAGAUACCAGAUUUAACAAAUCUCAAGAAGAAUAUGGUAUCCCUCCACUGGAGAAUCUUAUCCUGACCAAAUGGCAAGGUGCAACAGUUAAUUGGAAUGGGACAUCACCUGUAGCAUAACCAGCUUUUCACUGCAUCCGUGUGAGCAAUGUAAAGGAAUCCAUGUGGAUCAUACUGCAGAGAAAAUUAGAAAAUUUAAAUAAUAUUUUACUGUCAAUAUAAAUGUAUAUAGUUAGUGCUUAUACACUAUGAACUUAGAAAUAGUCUGAGCUAUCAUUAAACACAACAGACACAGCAACUGGAUAAGUUUGUUAUAUUUAUAACACAAAUUGAGGAGAUUUUCUUACCAUCAGACUAGAAAGAGAUACGGGGGUCUUGUCAGAAGAAAUAUUCCAGAAAUCAACUAUUACUAUGAACAGAAAAGAAAAUCAACCGUAGUAACUCAUGUAUCUUUUUUUUUUUACGAAAGGUCAAUAUUUUUCUAUAGUUCCUUCACCAAAAGAUAAAGAUAUUUUUAAGCUUGCAUAUUCCGUUAAAUUAUGUUUCCUUCGUAAACUUAUCAAUCCGUUAAAAUUCCUAAAAUUGUAAAGUUUGCUACUUUUUUUCUCGCAGGAAACAGACUAGACUGAACACAGAGAACAACAGCGAUGGUAUCCCCUUAUAUUAAUAAUAGUUACCACAAUUUCCAUUGUGUAGUAGCAUAUUCUCAAAGUGUAAAUAUCUUUUGUUGAAAUAUUCAC